ACUAUGGAAACCGUUACGUAGCCAAAUACAGGAAAGGGCACUGUGAAGCCAGAUCCCGGAAGUAGGCGAUGUAAAGAGCAACUCGUUUGCUGCGUAACUCUUUACAACAACAAAAGUAAGUUUUCGACCUGAAUUUUCCGAAAUGGGAACUACUGCAAGUCAACUUGGGAAGGAUAUGCUCUCAGAAUAUCAAGAGCUGACAUUCUUGACAAAACAGGAAAUUCUUCUUGCCCACAAAAGAUUCACUGAACUGCUCACAAGAGAUGAAAAGGACCUUGCAAAUACCAGAGUGCCAAUUGAGAGGAUUCUCACUCUGCCAGAGCUCAAGUCCAACCCUUUCAGGAAAAGAAUCUGCCAUGUAUUCUCAACAUCUGAAUACAAAGAUGGAAGCCUUACAUUUGAGGACUUCCUGGAUCUCCUAAGUGCCUUCAGUGACUCUGCUACCCUGGAAAUCAAAUCCCACUAUGCAUUCCGUAUAUUUGACUUUGACGAUGAUGGAACUCUUGAUUGUGGUGAUCUGGAGAAGUUGGUAAAUUGCCUCACCGGUGAGACGGAUGACACAAGACUAACUCCUGAAGAAAUGAGACAGCUCAUCAACAAUAUUCUGGAAGAGUCCGAUAUUGACAAGGAUGGGACUGUGAACCUCUCAGAGUUUCAGCAUGUCAUUUCAAGAUCUCCAGAUUUUGUCAGUUCUUUCAAGAUUGUGCUGUGAAGACCUCUCAUGGGCUGUGGCAAUGCAUCACCCUUUAACUCUCAUAUGUUUAAUUUACAAUUAGAACACUUAGAUAUUUGCUUUAAAUUAUAUUGGAUUUUAUUGCCUUAACUAUUUUAUGCAUCAUUUGUAAAAUAUAAAAACCUGUGAUUUUUUUUAUUUCUAUAAAGAAAAUAAAAAAUAUUUUCAAGAA